AUGGGAGGUGACAAUGACAAAGGUUUUCAUGGGUAUCCUCCUGCUGGAUACCCGCCGGCUCCUGGGUAUCCACCUGCUGGAUACCCGCAACAAGGUUACCCUCCACCACCUGGUGCUUACCCACCUGCAGGUUAUCCUCCAAGUGCAUACCCACCGGCGCCUGGUGGUUAUCCCCCAGCACCUGGUGGCUAUCCUCCUGCCCCUGGUUAUGGUGGUUAUCCUCCUGCACCUGGUCAUGGUGGUUACCCUCCUGCUGGCUAUCCUGCUCAUCACUCUGAUUUUAUGAUUAUUGGCUAUAUGCCUAUAUUGUUUGUCCAAAGUGUUCUUUUACCUCUACUUCUUUCAGGACACGCAGGAGGAAUUGGGGGUAUGAUUGCAGGUGCUGCUGCUGCCUAUGGAGCUCACCACAUAGCUCAUAGCUCUCACAGCCCUUAUGGACAUGCUGCAUAUGGUCACGGCUUUGGUCAUCAUGGUCAUGGCUAUGGUUAUGGUCAUGGUCAUGGAAAGUUCAAGCAUGGGAAGCACGGAAAGUUCAAGCAUGGGAAGCAUGGAAUGUUUGGAGGCAAAUUCAAGAAGUGGAAGUGA